AUGCUUUCUAUCCAGCAAAUCAUCAUCCCACAUAAAGAAACCCAUAGGCUGAACUGGAAGUCACCAGAUGGGAAGACUAUUAAUCAGAUCGGCCAUGUCUUGGUGAAUGGACGCGUGAGAACAUCGAUCUUGGACACGAGAGUGAUCAGAGGAGAAGAUGUACAUAGUGACCACUACUUGAUGAGAACCAGAAUAAGUCUAAAGUUGGCAGUGGUGCAUGGGAAGGAGAAAGCAAAGAUAAGGUUUGACGUAUGUAAGCUGCGAAGUGAAGGGAUCAGGAAGAGGUAUUACAUUAAAGUGAAGAACGGGUUUGAAGCGCCAGGAGAUACAAUAGAUCCAGAAGAAGAGCACGACAAGACCUUGGCUACGUACAGAGAUGCCGCAGAGAAAGUUAUUGGAAUUUCAAAAAAGCACAGCAAGCCAUGGAUAGGAGACAAAACGUGGAAAAAAAUUCAAGAGAGGAAAGAGAGAGAGGCGUAUAGUGCAAAAGUUAAGGCAGUGAAAUGGAGCGCUAGGGAGGAUAAGAGGAAUUGGUUGAAGGAGAGAGCUGCAGCAGAAGAAAAGGCCGCUGAGAAGGAAGGUGAAGGAAGAAUGUGUGAAAGACAAGGGAGUGCUCAAGACAGAAUCACAAGAAAGAUUGCAGAGUUGGUUUCUUCCAGAUUUUGGAGGAAGACAAAGCGACGAAUGGAGAAAGACGAGCUCGAUGAAGACAACUCGAGUCGAGAAGUAGAUGAUUUCAUCGCCGCCCAAAGGUCGAGUGGAAAAAGUUUGACAGGUUUUGCGAACAGCAGGUCGAUGGAUAUUUUAAUGAAAUGA